AUGAUGUUCGAGAAGCAAAGCAAGUCAGGUAUUGACCUGCUCAAAACCUCAACGUCCACCAUGGACAACCCCUGCGCUCAGUCGGCCUAUACAUCCCAAAAUUCCCCUGCCAAAAAUGAACCUGCAGCGGCCUCACAGGAGGACCAUCAAGAAACAGGAAACGACCUGGUGAAUGCCACCAUAUCAUCUGAAGAAGAUUCCCAGAAGUUGGCAGGAAAGUGGAACGCAACUGGAACUGAAGCUUCUGAUCCUGAGGCAAAUGUUGCUGACGACCCUAACUCACCGCCCUCUAAGCGUGCCAAAGUGGAUGUAUAA